AUGUUGGCCUCGAUUUGGAGUAGGGAUGACGCCCAGAGGCCGCAGCAGAGCGACAAGGAGGAGAGGGACCAAUGGUACUCCGUCUUUGGCCACGGCUCACCCAAAGACGAAGCAGGCGCAGGUUUAUCAUGUGCUAGGCCCACCGACAUGUUCAGCGACGUUCCGCUCACCGAAUACCUGGACCUCGACCAGAAACCCACUUUCGUCGUCGACCUUUGCGCAGCGGUUCCAGACGCGAGCACGCCCCCAGCCACCACCAAAGCCGCUGAGCAGCCGUUGCCGAUAGUAUACCAGAACCAGUUUCUGCGAGAGUCCUCAAAGCUGCUGGCUAUUGUGGCAGGAGUGGAGAAUACGGACCCUCACGAUCAUCCCGCGUGGGUCACUUACUCGCUAUUCAGGUCAUGGAUACUGGACCAUGGGACGCGGGAGCGUGGGCUGAGGAAAAUAUCGCCUUCGAUUUCAUACGGAGGAUACAAAUGGGGCAUAUCAACCCUUCGACAACGGUGGAAGAUUGUUCAUGGCGUGCCCACUCGACAUGGAGUGGAUGCUCCUGGGUCAUAUUCCAGUUUGCAUUGGGCAAACGGUAAAACGUGCGUCGAGGAAAACAAUGGACAAGAUGGUAUGCCCAAUCUGGAUAGGCGGCAAAGCAAUCCGCCUCCAGUGAGCCCAGUUCCAGCCGUGCCAGGCACUAGCACUUCGUAUAUACAGUGUCCUAUUGCCAACGUUCCGCGAUAUGACUGGACCUUGACGCCACCUCCGCCCAACAUCUCGUCGCAUAUUCAACUUGCUAGGAAUGUAGAUUGGGCGUCUACCCCAUUAGGGCCCAUGGAAAAUUGGUCACCACUGCUUCGAUUUUUGUGUAACUUUGUUAUGGUCUGUCCGAACCCUGCCAUUUUGUUCUGGGGCCCAGACCUAAAUAUGAUCUACAACGAUGCGUAUCCUCCCCUGGUUGGUGACAAGCAUCCCAGUUUGCUGGGAUCUCCACCCUGGGUCGGUUUUGCCGAGGCUUGGGACGGUUUCCAGCCUUUUUUCCGGAGCUGCGAAGAGACUGGUACAGGUGCAAUGGUUGAGAACAUGCUUCUGUUUUUGAACAGAGGCAAGGGAAUACAAGAGGAGACCUACUACUCAUUCAGUUUUACGCCUAUCAUGAUCGAAGACAAAAUCGUAGCCUGGUACGAGACAGUAUUCGAAACGACGAACCAAAAGAUCACCGAGAGAAGGAUGUCCUCCCUUCUCAGCUUUGGCGAAUUACUGUCUAGAUCUCAAGACACCAAAAGCUUCUGGCAACACGUUAUUCGAGGGCUCGACACGAAUCAGCAUGAUGUACCAUUCACCAUUCUGUACUCCGUCAGCGACCAUCUGAGUUUUGGACUCUCUGGACAUAAUGUUACCACUACGAGGCGCUUCGAGCUCGAGGGAAGCACGGGUGUGCCGGAGGGUCAUCCAGCCUUAGCGACUAGGAUCGAUAUUUCAUUGGGCCGAGAAGGUUUUACGCCAUUUUUCAAAGAAGCUGCAGAAUCCGAGGAACCGAUAUUGCUAAGUCUGGAGAACGGCCGGUUGCCGGCUGUAUUGAUCCACGGCAUAGAUUCCCCAAUCUGGAAUGAACCCUGCAAUUCUGUUGUAAUCUGUGCCAUACGCCCAACCACUGGACACUGCUCGACCCGGAAUACGACGCUGGGUUUCUUGGUCAUAGGCUUGAACUCCCAUAGACCGUAUGAUGAAGAUUACCGGACGUUUAUUAGACUCAUCAGACGUCAAGUCACUACUUCAAUGGCAUCCGUUCUUCUUCUAGAGGAAGAGACGAGGCGCGGCCGUACAAUUGCUGAACAGGCCGCUUUUGACCAGGAAAAGGUCGAAGAGCAACUUCGCGAUCGGACCAGGGAGCUUGAACAAAGCGAACUGCAGCUGAAGCAUUUCGCUGAUGCCGUUCCUACCGGAAUCUUCGUCAUAGAAUUUACACCUGAAAAUAUGGCUGGAUCAUACAGGUACCGGAACGAGAAAUGGUAUGAGCUUACUGGCGAUUCGAGGGAAGAUACCGCGUCAUGGAAGUCGCCAUUGUGGCAGCGAAUGCAUCCGGAAGAUGUUCCCAGUGUUCAAAGGGCCUGGAAAAUGCUCAUCGAGUCAAAAACGGAAAUAAGCUUUGAAUUCCGUGUGCCAAGGUCUUUCCGGAAACCGAGUCCGGUGGAUGAUGACUACCCUUUCACCUGGAUACUUUGCUACGCCUUUUCCGUCGUUACGGAGGAUGGGUGGCUAAGGUCUAUCGUCGGCUCAGUAACCGAUGUGACUGCCGUGCGCUGGGCUGAAGGUAUCCAGAAGAAGAGGAUGGAGGACGCGUUGGAAGCUAAGAGGCAACAGGAGAACUUCAUCGAUGUUACAUCUCACGAGAUGCGCAACCCUCUGAGCGCCAUCAUGAUAUCUGCUGACGACAUCAUCACCUCACUACGUGCGCUGGAUAGAACAGCCCCAGAUUUCCUGGGCCAGGUUGACAGCAGCAUUGACGCCGCAAAAACUGUACUGCAUUGUGCACAACACCAAAGGCGUAUAAUCGACGACGUCUUGACUAUCUCCAAACUAGAUUCCGGCCUUUUCACUAUCAUUCCUGUCGAAAUGCAGCCUACUUCUCUAGUCAAAGACCUCAAGAAAAUGUUUGGCGGAGAACUCAACGCUGCAAAUAUAUCGUCAAACACAAUCAUUGACGAUUCAUUCAAGAACCUCAACGUCGAUUGGGUAUUACUUGACUCGAUGCGCCUGCAGCAAAUCCUUAUCAAUCUUGUCACAAACAGCAUCAAAUUCACGCAGUACGAGGCAAAACGCCAGAUCACCGUCAGGUUGAGCGCAUCGAAAGAGCGACCAAAAGAAAGCCCAGAAGGCAUACAGUACUUGGACUUCCGUAAACCUCGAGAAGAUUUGACUUUGAGGACUAAGGACUGGGGCGAAGGCGAGCAGUUUUACAUACACUUCUCUGUGAAAGACACGGGAUGCGGUCUUACUGUCGAUGAGAAGAAACUUCUGUUCAUGCGCUUCUCGCAAGCUCCUAGGACAAUGGUCCACUAUGGUGGGUCGGGACUUGGCCUCUUCAUCUGCCGUGAACUCUGCGAACUGCAAGGAGGUUCUAUAGGCGUAGAGUCAGAAGCCGGCAAGGGGUCGACCUUUGCCUUUUAUGUCAAGGUGCGCCGGGUUAUACCAAAGAUGAGCGUCGAGCUGCCGCAUAGACACUCACUACCACCCGAAUCCACUGCGCUACAUCAGUCGCAAAAUAUCGAGCAGACCUUCGAACAACCGCAGAUCCGUCGCCUGGACCUCAACGCACCGAGCCUGUACGACGAAGCCCGUUCGGAAUCUCCAGCAUCGGUAUCGACGCAGCUGUCGGUAUCAACACCGAACACCUCGCUGCCAUCUCCACGGACAUUCGACAUCCUUAUUGUUGAAGACAACAAAAUCAACCAGCAAGUGAUGUCAAAAGGACUUGUGAAGCUAGGCCACACGGUCAGCAUAGCAAACCAUGGCGGCGAAGCCAUCGAAUUCCUGAUGAGGACGCGGUGGUGGCACGACAACCCCCGCGGGCAGAACCUCACAGUGGUCCUGAUGGACGUCGAAAUGCCGGUUAUGGACGGGCUGACGUGCGUGCGCUCGAUCCGCGAGAUGGAGAAGGAGGGCAAGCUGAUCAGCUCGGUCAACGUCAUUGCCAUCACAGCGAACGCGCGCAUCGAGCAGGUCAACACGGCCCUGGAGGCGGGCAUGGACGACGUCGUGUCCAAGCCGUUUAGGGUCGCGGAGCUCACGGCUAGUAUCGACCGCCUUCUGGACGCAAAGGACCAGAACGCGUGUUGA